CAGGUUUCGUCGUCUCGUGGGCGUUGUCUCAUUCACGAUCGCUAGCUCUACAGUUGUUUUACGGUUUAGUUGCCGGAGAAAGGGAACCGGUAAUGGAGAGAGCGAUGAAAUUUCUUCUUGUUACUCUAGCGUGUCUAAUGAUGCGAGCAUCUGCAAGAGAUUGCACGGAGUGCUGGAGGGACGUGUGCAGGGCGGCAGGAUUCGAUAUCGAUGAAAAUUUCAGCGACGACUGCUGCAACUGCGUGGAAGAAAUUCCCACCUGUCCGAUCGCAGCAUAUAAUACCAGCACUUCUCCGGACUGUUGCAGUGAUUGCCAGAGAUAGCAUCUUGUCCGUGUUGUCCAAUCAGAGUGGACCAAAUAAUGUCUGCAACACUUCCAUUUCUCCUUCGUAUCUCUUUAUGGAUCCAGAUGAUCUUAUACCCAUCGGAUUGAGGACUUGUCAGCGGGAGAAUAUGUGGUGCCUUAUUUUCAGUUCCAGUGCAGAGGCUGUGUUGAUGAGGUUCUAGUGCAGGCUCUAGUACCUGACUUUGUCCCUCCAGAUCCUGAUCCCAAUCCCAUUACGGUCACAAUGAAUUUCAUGAUUUGGUCUCGUCUUGUUGAUGAUCAGAAUGAAACACUCUACACACUGAGGUACAAUGUGACUGAAAUUGUAACUGAGACAGGCAUUCAACCUGAAUCAGCCGAUGUACACCAACUUACUCUCAAUUUUUCGCUCUCAGAAGGAAACGAGUUGUGUUUCAAUGAAAGCGAAGUGUUUGGUUUGUCUUUUGGAAGCACACCGGAGCUCAAAGUCAUUCUUGCAAGACCAGAUCCUAGUUCAGGCUCCACCUACAGCCUGACUCCGAAGAUGACACUUGCCCGGAACUGAAUGAGUUCCGUGGAGCAACCUCGGUAGAGGAUGAUGGUAGGAUACCAUUCAUGGCCAUUCGUAUUAGACCUCCUCAACCACCUUAUUCAGUGAUUCAACCACCUUCUUCAGUUAUUCAACCAACUUCUUCAAUACCAACACCAUCUCGAGAGGUCACAUCAGCCACGAUAACUGGUGCAACCGGGAGUAGUGUAGCCAAUACUACUCCACUCCCCACUCCAUCACUACCGCCUGUAGUGGUCACCACAGCUAACUCCCAGGUCUCUUUCACUCCCAGCCUAGUCAUUGCUAUAUCAGGUGGCUCUGUUGGCGUUUUGGCUGUGGUAGUGGGUGUUGUCUUGACUAUCGUAAUCGUGCAACGGAGGAACCGCAGAACAGACAAAGUUGAUGGCACUGGUACAGGGGGAGGGAUAACUAGGGUCACCAGCAUGAACAUGGAGAGGAGACUGCAGGAGAAUUGCCAGAUACAGGCUCUCCCAAUGAAUGGGGUUACAUACGACUACCCCACUCCUCAGGUCCAUCCCUACCAUGUUCUGGAGGCUCCGUCCACUGAGCUCAACAGUCUCGGGAACUACACAACCAUGCAGCCAGCUGGUAGUGUACGGGAGGGAGCAAUCACCCCCAUGGGACAUAGCUCCCACACUAUUCGGUCGAUAUACGAUGACGAUGUGACUUCUGGGGAACACCGAGACCCAGAAUACGACGCCCCUAACCUGCCGCCACGUCCAAUACACGACACACCAUUCUAUCACGUUCUUGAGGCUCCAGGACAGAUCAACGGGCAGCCGGUUGCUCAGGUUGGAUACGAUGACCCAGUAGAGCUGCUUCAUGAGAGACAAGGAAGCAAAGAGGAGAUUGUUAACCCCAUCUAUAAUGAGAUUAAACCGAGACCACUGCCGGUAAUGUGACACACUGAUGUAGUAUAGUUGAUUGUGUGCGAGUGCAUGUUUUCUAGAAUCCACAGAUGUUUGACCCAGCAAGUACUCACCCUUACCAUGUGCUAGAGAAUCCAGCACAGGUCCUUAUGCUGAACUUAAUUGCCUGUCAUGACCAAGUCAAUCUAUCCCUGCAGCAGCAAACUGGUGAAAAUAGUGAAGCAGAAACAGUAGAAGAGCACGGACUCUACGUUCCCACAGCAGAGGAGAGGCGGAGGAUUCUCAACAAUCCAUCAAAAACAACUAGUGACCUACAGAAUUGGAUAAAGAAAAAUCGUGCAGAGAGCACAAAGAAGAGAAAGUUUUUUGAGUCAACCUCGACCUACUGGAAGCCACCAUCAGAUGCAGACAGUCUGUACAACACAUUUGCCCAGAGGAAAUACAGAGAGAUCCUUUCAGACCAGAUACAGAUAGUGAAGUACAUUGGGAGUGGGCAGUUUGGUACAGUCAACCUGGCAGUGUGGAAACAGCAGUAUGUUGAACCAAUGGAGGUGGCAGUGAAGGUAUGCAGGGCUGGCAAAAAUGAGGCCAUCAAGACCAAGUUCCUGAAGGAGGCAGCCAUCAUGGGGCAAUUCCGACAUCCAAACGUGGUGAAACUCUAUGGAGUGGUCACCAUGUCUGAACUGCCUAUGAUUGUACUGGAGUUGAUGAAGAACGGGGACUUGCUUGACUACAUGAAUAAAAACUUUGAGCCAGGAAGACUGCCUCCUCCCUCCCCAACAAGACUCCAUUCGUUCUCCCUCCAAGUGGCCUGUGGCAUGGAGUACCUCUCCAGCAAAUCCUUUGUCCACCGAGACCUCGCAGCCAGGAACAUCUUCCUUAAUGAACUCCACCAAUGCAAGAUAGGGGAUUUUGGGAUGGCUAGAGAUCUGGAGGACUCAGAGUACUACAUCAUGUCCAGGAAGGGACCGCUGCCUUUCAAGUGGACAGCUCCCGAGGCUCUCAACUAUCGCAAGUACUCUACGUUCAGUGACUGCUACAGCUACGGAAUGGUUCUGUAUGAAAUAUGGUCAGUCGGAAGAGAGCCCCUACCUGGAAUUACAAUCAAAGAGGUUCCUGAUCUGGUGAGUAAGGGGUUCUGUCAGGCUCCACCCCCAGGCUGCCCCAGAGCAAUCUAUGAGCUGAUGGUCAAGCUUUGGAACCCGGACAAGCGACAUCGUCCAACGUUCCCCCAGAUUGUGCAGUAUCUGAGGCAGCCGGAGGAGCAAGUCCUCGGCUGGUCGGAGGAAGACAGGGGAGUCUCCAGCCAGGCCUCUGUUCUCGGAGCUCCGCUGGAGGAAGGAAAGAACCUCUACCCCACACUGCAGAACGCCUACCAGUCCAGCUGGUGCUAGAUAUACUCACUGAGAGAGGUAGUCGAUUAGCACUAAACACUAACUGCGUUGUAAAGCUGAAUCAUGAAUUUCGAAGUUUG